AUGACCAAACAUACCAUUGUCGCUCUUGAUUCAUGGGUCUCCUUACCUGCUCUCAACUUUGAAUACGAGCUCAUAAGACAUGUGAAUACAUCGCCCAUGGAACUUCCAGAGCGAAUGAAAGAUGCCACGAUCGUUGUCACGUCUGCUACACGUGUAACCCGAGCCGGUAUCGAGAACGCUCCUCGCUUGAAGCUGAUCGCCUGCAACGGCACGGGAACAGAUCACGUCGACAAAGCCUACGCCCGGGAACGAAACAUAACUGUCUGUCACGUACCAGCUCAAAAUACAGAUAGCGUGUCGGAACAUGCAUUUGCUCUCUACUACGCUGUGAGGAGGAAAAUCAUCCCUCUUCACAAUAUCGCGAUGGACGGCACUACCUGGGCACAAGACAACAUGCUCCAUGGAAGAUUCGGUCCACCACCACGGACCAAUAGUGAAGAGACAUUGGUCGUAGUUGGAUAUGGCGCUUUAGGCAAGAAUGUCGAAAGGAUAGGAACAGCUUUGGGCAUGCGAGUACUUGUAGCUGAGCGAAAGGGCGCAAGCCAGGUUCGACGAGGACGUGUUUCCUUUCAAAACGCCUUGUCUGAAGGCACUGUCUUCAUCAUAGUGGCACCUUCCGACGCCAGCACUCGAGACAUGUUCGCAAACCCUGAGUUUGAAGCAAUGAACUCAUCUGCAGUGAUCAUCAAUGUUGGCAGAGGCGGCGUCAUCAACGAACACGACCUCGCGAACGCUCUGCGGGAAGGACGAAUCGGCGGCGCUGCAACAGAUGUCUUCGAACACGAGCCCGCUACCCGGGAGAACAGUCCUCUGAUAGACCCAUCGAUACCAAAUCUCGUUCUCAGCCCUCAUCUUGCUUGGUACGCCUCAAAGACAAUCAAGAACACCAUUGCUUCGGUGAAGACGAAUCUCGAAGCCUUCGCCGCAGGCAACCCACAGAAUGUUGUUGUUGCAUCGCAAUAA